AUUUGUUGUACUUCUCAUGUUUUGGAAGUUUAGUGAACUUUAGAGCUACUCAUAAACACUUGCUACACAUGUAUCUUUUUUUGAAAGACAGGCAAGGAUGUAUCUUUCUUUAUGUACAUGUUGUUCUUCAGAUACAGAUAUUUUUAGAAAGUUCCCAGCCUUUUAAAACAUAGUCAGUAUUGUUCUGUCAGUAGAAACGAUAGUCAUUAUCCAGAGAAACUCAUGCACGCUCAGGUCGAAUUUGCAAACAAUUUGGUCAACAAAUGGUUGCUCUUCAUGGAUGUUACUGAAAUUUCGAACUCUCAUGAGUUAAGAUGACCUUUUCUCUUAAAUUAAAAAAAAAUCUGUAACUGGGGACAGGAUUAUAUCAUUCCAAAAAUUGUUUAACAUCACUUUUCCUGUGAAACAUGCCCAUUCUUGUUGCAAUAAAGUGAGAUACACCAUCUUUCCUGUAUUUUGCUCCUCUGCCCAAAAACAAUGGGCAUUAUUGCCUUGUAUUAAAGAAUGAGAGGAGCUACAGAAUAACAGACGUUGUAUUUUUCAAGGAAUUAUGUGAGACAGUUUUGUAUAGCCAUCUUCUUUUCUAGUUGAUUAAUUCAUCUUCAUUUAUGUUUUGGGGCUGUGUUCCAAAAAGAUGAAAUUCAAGCCUGUUAUCUACAUUUGGUAAUCCCACUGUGAAUCCCAUGCAACAACAUUUCAUACCCUGUCACCAUUAUGGAUCGUUUUUGAAUUGACAUUCAUUCUGUUUCUUUGGUGUAGAUUUGAGUUUUCUCCCUUGUUUUUAUGCAGUAUUUGUGGAAUAUGUGAUUGGCUUGGAGCAGUAUAUUCCAUCAUCCAAAUCACACAGCAGCAUUGGGAACACUGCAAGUAAUUGCUAACAGUGGUAGGAAACCAAAGAAAUGGUGAAAUGACACUUAGGAGCCUCAGCACAAAUAUUUAUGUAUUUGUAUAACAAGACAACAUGCACACUUGGAAAUCCUGCAAGACCAUCACAAAAUCUGCAGAAGCAUGGCUAUUCAGAAUUGCAGUAUAGGGAAAUGUACAGACAAGACAUGCAAGCAUCAUUCCUACCAGUUCAGCAAUAAAUAUCACGAGAACUGGGCCAUAAAACAUCCCAAGUGUAUUUCAGCCAACAACAGUCUCUCUGCAGAUAGCAUUUUUAGUACUUGGAGUAUUAGAUUAGGGUGGCUAAUUAGAUUAGGAUAGCUAGAUUAAGACAGCCAAUUAUGCACACAGUAGAAUAUCUGUAGAGGAAAUAACAAAAAGUACAAGAAUUUGCAAGAUUUAAUGAUCCAAUAUAUGGAGCACCCAAAUCUUUAUUUUUAAAAUGACCAAGAAAUUGUAUGUGCAGAAUAAGUAUAAACAUACAACUAUCGCUAGAUUCCACUUGCCUGGAACAGUCUUCAUCUAUUUUAUUUACCUGUCUCUUUUGCUCCCAAUAGGGAAUCAAAAUAGUUUACAACACUCUCCCCUCCCCUUCUAUUUUAUCCUUACAGCAACUCUGUGGGGUAGGAUAAGGCUAAGUGUGAGUAACUGAUCCAAAGUCACCCAUGACAAAGUGGGGAUUUGAACCUGGGUUACCCAGAUCCUACUCUGCUGUUAUAACUACCAUGCUGGCUCUGUUCUGUUUUGUGCUGUGAGCUAAAAGGUUUUUUUCCUUUGGAUUGAGGAAAGUAGCCCGAUCAAGUUAUUUGAUGGUAAUUUGCAAUGCAAGCUGAAGCAGAGCAUUUUCCCCUUUCAGACAAAUUUUGGAGACUCUUCACUAAUGGCCUGUGUAUGUUAAGUGCUGUAAAGUCACUUCUGGCUCAUGGCAGCCAUAUGAAUCAAUGUCCUUCAAAACGUCUGAUCAUUAAGAGCCUUGCUCAGCUCUUACAAACUGUGAAUACAAUAUUCCUAUAUAGCUUGUUGGAGUGGGACAUAUAGCUGUGAGAGUUCAAAUGACAAAAAUGUGCAGGGAUUCUGCAUCAAUUAGAUUGUAUUGGACUAAAAUGAUCUGAGGCAACAAUCUUUUGCUGAGGUGACUUUCCCUUCACAUCAGUCCACUCCUUUACAUCUCUCUGACACCAUAUUAGGAUUUGACUUCAUUUCUUAUCUCACAAGGUUUAUUUAUUCUUAUAAAUUUCUACCUAUUUCUUUAGCAAUUCUACACUUGAUAUAACACUAUCAGGUUAGCACAGACUGAUUCUCCUUUAGUCUUGGCACAGACUCUACACAGUCACUUUCCAGUGACAACCAGUCACCUCACUCUCUCAUCCAACUUUCACCCCCUUCCUUCUACAUCUUACCUCUCAUUUUAAAGAAACACACUCAACAUUUUACAUUAAAAUUACAUGGACCUAUUAAUGUAUUCUCUUCUGUUAAUGGGUAUUGAUUUUGAGUGCAAGAAAUGAUCUGUUAGAAAUGUAUAUGAACAAUAUAUUCCAACUAGUUUACCUGUCUAGGAAUGAUAAGGUUCACUUUAUGAAUUAGCUGGCAAAAUGAAUCCUGACACUGAUUUAUGAGGCAGUGAAAUAACUAUGGAGCAGAAGAACAUUGUUUUCCGACUGCUAUAGACAACGUACAUGUGUUCUUUUUUUCCUCCUUCCUUUAUUCCACUCAUUGAGGAUCCUCCCCCUGCCCAUUUCUUUGAUUGUCUUUAAACUGCUUCCAACUCGUAUCUAAUCCAACCGCAACCAAAGAUGGCUACCUACUUACCCUCCUGUGUAAUCAAGAGCACUUUGUACACAAGCCAUAGAAGAGAGGGUUUGCAGAACAGACUUACAGAAACAGACUUACGGAAAUGAACCCUUCACAAUGAUGAAAUUGGGGGGCAGGGAGUGCUGAAGUCAGUGCUAACGUAUCUUUCAAUAAAGAAGUCAGUUAAAUCCAAUCCUUGUUGUCACCUUUAUGGCACAUAAAAAUUAGUAUGAUCAGCUUCACCGAAGGCCCUUUACACAGCUUGUUGCAGCAGGUACUGGAAAACUUCCUGUUCUUGGAUCUAGUUAAAAAAACUUCACAGGGAGGGAGGAGUUUGAACUUCCCCUGGUAAAUAAGACAGGCCUGCAGUACUAAGGUUCAACAAAAGUGGUUGGAUAACACUAACUGCUUAACAUGGCCAGCUCAAUAGCUGAUCUGGUUUUGGAGAACUAUAUAGGUGGCCAGUUUGUUCCUUGUGCUUUUUACUUAGAUUCCUACGACCCCUCCACAGGAGAAGUAUAUUGUAAAGUACCAGACAGUGGCAGAGAAGAGGUCGAGGCUGCAGUCAAAGCUGCCCAAAAUGCCUUCCCAGGAUGGUCUGCCAAAAGUCCUCAAGACAGGUCAAAAAUAAUGAGCAAACUGGCAGACCUCAUCGAGGAAGAUCUGGAGUCCUUUGCAGAAGCAGAAUCCAAAGAUCAAGGGAAAACAAUUACAUUUGCUAGAAUGGUGGACAUCCCCCGAGCAAUAUACAACUUCCGAUUUUUUUCAUCUUCCAUUCUUCACCAAACAACUGAGAGUACACAGAUGGACCAUAUGGAGUGUAUGCAUUAUACUGUGAGAACCCCAGUGGGAGUUGCUGGCUUAAUUAGCCCUUGGAAUUUGCCGCUUUAUUUGCUGACUUGGAAAAUUGCCCCAGCUGUCAUGUGUGGAAACACUGUCAUCGCCAAACCCAGUGAAAUGACAUCAGUCACAGCUUGGAUGAUGUGCAAGCUUCUAGACAAAGCAGGUUUUCCCCCAGGUGUUGUGAACAUCAUAUUUGGGCAUGGCUCCAAAGCUGGGGAUGCUUUAGUCUCCCAUCCUGAAGUGGCACUUAUUUCCUUCACUGGAAGCACCCUUACUGGUCAGCGCGUCAUUGAAAGGAGUGCUCCGUUUUGUAAGAAGCUCUCAUUGGAGCUUGGAGGCAAGAAUCCAGCCAUUAUCUUUGAGGAUGCCAAUUUGGAUGAAUGCAUUCCUGCCACUGUAAGAUCCAGCUUUGCUAAUCAGGGUGAAAUAUGUUUGUGCACAAGCAGAAUAUUUGUUCAGCGGACUGUUUACUCACAGUUUUUGAAAAGGUUUGUGGAGGCUGUCAAAAAAUGGAAGGUUGGAAGUCCUUCAGAUCCUACAGCUGACAUGGGAGCACUAAUAAGUAAAGAACAUUUAGCAAAGGUAAAAAAUUAUAUCCGCAAAGCUCAGGAGGAAGGAGCUAAGAUCUUGUGUGGUGAGGGAAAGGACUUGCUGUUUCUUCACCCAAGAAACCAAAAUGGCUACUUCAUGCUGCCAACUGUCAUUGCUGAAAUGGAAGAUAACUCAUGUUGCAUGCAGGAUGAGAUCUUUGGUCCUGUGACUUGUAUCACGGUAUUUGAUACAGAAGAGGAAGUGAUUAGGAGAGCAAAUGCGGUCAAAUAUGGCCUGGCAGCCACUGUCUGGUCAAGUAAUGUGGGAAAGGUUCAUCGUAUUGCUAAGAGACUCCAGUGUGGAUUGGUGUGGACCAACUGUUGGCUUAUCAGGGAUUUAAAUUUGCCCUUUGGUGGCACAAAAGCUUCAGGUAUAGGCAGAGAGGGGGCAAAAGACUCCUACGAAUUUUUCACAGAAUCUAAAACUGUGACUAUAAAACACUGAAAUAUACCAGUGGAAAGAUGCCAUAUCAUCAUAAAUGAGCAUUUCGGUGUGGAGCUGCAUCUCUGUAGAUAUGACACUAUUAAAUGCCCUGGUUUCUUGAAA